AUGAGCACAGUGGCCGCCAAAGAUUUUGUGACCGUCGUGUCCGUGGACGGCGGUGGCCGUGGCGGCGUUCAACCGGCUGAAGAUUCGUUUGUCACAGUGCUGUCCAUCGGCGAGGACGCCGCAGCCGACGGUUCGCCCUACACCGCCGCCGAAGAAGUACUCGUCUACCGCCUGCCAGGCGAGCGUUUGGGCUUCGGGUUGCGGUUCGACGGCGUGGACACGUGCAACCGGCUGUUCGUCCAAUCGUGCGCCGAUGGCAGCCCGGCGUCCCGCACUCAGUCGUGGGGACCACUGGCCGCCGGCGACGAGAUUGUUCAGAUCAACGGUCGGCCGGUGAACAGGCUGAGCCGCGACGAUUGCGUCCGAUGUCUCAAGGAGUCAGGGCUGGUCGUCAAGCUGCAUAUGGUCGACGGCCGGCUGGCUAUAAAGGCGCCGCCGCCCGUGCCUCCCCGGAAACAGAAGAAACCGGAACCGCCCCCGCCGAUUGCAUCGUCCACCCUGUACACGGACGCCGUUGAAAGGUUAUUCGUUUACCACGGUGAAUCGGAAUCGGACGACACCAACAGCAGCGUUUCUACAGUGGUGUCCAAAUGUCCUGCUGAAUCAUCGGUUGGCGAAGACUGCGCCGGUGUCGACGGUAUGAUCAGUGGCGGCAGCGACAAGAACUGCGUGCUGGACAGGGUGCUAGAGCCGUUCAUGCAGCUAGAACGGGAGUUUUCAUCGAGCGCGGCCAUUGGCGACGACGUGGGCCUGUACGAGAAGCUGGUGGCCGUGGCCGAAGAGGACCGGCUGCCGCCCAAACCACUGCCCCGGAAGGAAGUGCGGCCGCCCAAGAAGAAGCCGCCACCACCUCCGCCACCGCUUCCGUCUUCGCCGCCGCCACCCGCUUACCGGUUGCCGCCCAGGCUUGUCGAUUUCGUGCACAAAGACGAACAGCCACAAACAGUCGUCGACGCAGCCACUGCAGCCGGUGACGAUGACUACGCCAACGAGAACGACGACGACGACGUUUUCGCAAUUGCCACCAGUGGGAUUCAUCAGCCAUCGAGUGACGACGAAAUAACAAUGGCAGAUCAACACGAUCCGAAAAAAGGUAAAGACACAAUAUUUUAA